AUCCGGGCUGGGAGCUGGGGAGCUGCUAACCGGGUCCAUUACCAGCUGUAACAGACUAUUGGCAGCUCCAGCUGGUGGGAGAGUCCCUUCCUGCAUGCCAGGGGCACUGCUGGAUUGAGAGAUGAGCAAAGCUGUAACACCAUCAACUUAUGUUCGAAAUCUUAGCCUGGGAUUGAUAAAACAGCUGGCAGAUUUUCUGGACCCUCAAGAUGGAUGGAAAACAAUAGCUACCGACAUAUGGAAGCCUUCUGGUGAACCUAGAUACACGCAGUUUCAUAUAAGGAGAUUUGAAGGAAUCGUACAAAUGGGAAGAAGCCCUACUUGUGAAUUGCUAUGUGACUGGGGUACGACAAACUGUACCGUGGGAGAACUUACUGACUUGCUAGUAAAGCAUCAUUUUUUGGCUGCCGCUGCAUUUCUUCUGCCAGAUCUAAUCACUAGCCCUUCCUAUUCUAAUUCCACACUGCCAAUAGGGGGUAACAGUACAGAACCAUAUUCAAAACCUCAGAUUAAGAAGGAACAUGUAUCACCUGUCUGCGAAAGCACACAUCCAAAACAAAAUGAUGAUAACGUCACAGGUUAUGGCAAUGUUUCGUUAACUGAGCUGCAGAGAAUCACCAACAAUUUUGACGAUCGACCUGUUGCUGAAGGAGGAAACAAAUUAGGAGAAGGAGGUUUUGGAGUUGUCUUCCAGGGGAAUCUAAAUGGCAAAAUGGUUGCUGUAAAAAAACUAACCGCUCUGCUUGAAGCCAGUAUCCAGGAACUAGAAGGUCAAUUUGAUCAAGAAAUAAAAACAAUGGCAAAAUGCCAGCAUGAAAACAUUCUACAGCUACUGGGAUAUUCCAACGAUGGCGGUCAUUACUGUCUGGUUUAUACAUAUAUGCCAAACGGUUCGUUACUGGAUCGUUUAGCUUGCUUGAAUGACACCCCCCCAUUGUCAUGGCACAUGAGAUGUAAUAUUGCACUUGGAACCGCGACUGGUUUAAAAUACUUACAUGAUAACGGCCAAGUCCACAGGGAUAUUAAAAGUGCAAAUAUUCUGUUAGAUGAUGCUUUUGUAUCCAAAAUAUCUGACUUUGGACUUGCACGGGCCACUGGCCAAUAUGCAAAGACUAUGAUGACAGAAAGAAUUGUUGGUACUACGGCUUACAUGGCCCCUGAAGCACUACGUGGAGAGGUCACAAUAAAGUCUGACAUUUUCAGCUUUGGCGUGGUAUUGCUAGAAAUAAUCUCUGGACUCCCACCAGUGGAUGAAGAACGAAACCCACCAUUACUGCUUGACAUUAAAGAAGAAAUUGAAGAAGAGGAAAAGACGUUGGAGGAAUAUAUUGACACAAAGUUAGAAGAUGUGGAAUCCACUUCGUUAGAAAAAAUGUACAAAACAGCAAGUCAUUGCCUACACCAAAUGAAAAACAAAAGGCCAGAUAUUAGCACGGUGCUGCACAACUUGAAAUGUAUAGUGAACACUCUUUCGUGUACUUAAAUUCUUUAAAGAUCUCAGUUAUGAUUUGUAUAGAUAUAUUUUUCUAAUAUGACUGUUUGGAAUUGUUUUGUUUUUUUUUUCUUCUAAAACCUAGCACAUUUUGUUAUAUCAUCUAUACAAUUUCUCAUCUGUGGCUUGUAUGAAAAGAAAGAAAACGGGAAAUCUGUCCCAAUAUAUGAGGUAUCGAAAAAUAUUGAAUAAGAAAUCAUUUAUUAAAUAUUUUUCAAUUCCUCAUAUAUUGGGACAGAUUUCCUGUUUAUUUCUGUUAUCCCCUUAUCUGAUCCCAAUCAAUUAUAUUGUACAAUUGUGGGGCUACCUUCUCUUAAACUAUUGUAUGAAAAGAAUAGUCUAUUUUCUUUUUUACUCCAUUGAAACAAAAUAAAGCAUUUGAUACAUACAGUAUUGUAAAGAAUAAAGUGGAUAAAAGAA